AUGAGCUCAGCCAUCAGCUCCAGGCUGGACCUGGAGCACAGGUUCAUUGUCGGUUACUCUUUCAAGUGCACUUUGGCUGUCAGCUGUGGAAUGGAAGUGGGUCUGCAUGAGCUGCUCUGGGUGAAAAACAUCCAGUUUUUAGUAGCUGACCUUCUCACAAUGGUCCUGCACCUUAGCUCGGGCACAGCAGGACUGCUACUUUAUCCACCCAACAGAAGCAAAGUUUAUUCCUACUUUGAAUGCCGUGAAAAGAAGACUGAAAACUCCGAAGUAAGGAAGGUGAAAUAUGAGGAAACUGUAUUUUACGGGUUGCAGUACAUUCUUAGUAAGUACUUAAAAGGCAAAGUAGUGACCAAAGAAAAAAUCCAGGAAGCCAAAGAGGUCUACAAAGAGCAUUUUCAAGAUGAUGUCUUUAAUGAGGGAUGGAGUUAUAUUCUUGAGAAAUAUGAUGGCAAUCUUCCCAUAGAAGUAAAAGCAGUUCCUGAGGGUUCUGUCAUUCCCAAAGGAAAUGUUCUCUUCACCGUGGAAAACACAGAUCCAGAAUGCUACUGGCUUACAAAUUGGAUUGAGACUAUCCUUGUUCAGUCCUGGUAUCCUAUCACAGUGGCUACAAAUUCCAGAGAGCAGAAGAAAAUUUUGGCAAAAUAUUUGAUGGAAAUCUCUUCAAAAGAGACGGAUGGUAUAGGAGCAUCUGCUCAUUUGGUUAACUUCAAGGGGACUGAUACAGUAGCAGGAAUUGCUUUAAUUAACAAAUAUUAUGGAACUAAAGACCCUGUGCCUGGAUAUUCUGUUCCAGCUGCAGAACACAGUACCAUAACGGCCUGGGGCAAAGAUCAUGAAAAGGAUGCUUUUGAACAUAUAGUAACACAGUUUUCAUCAGUGCUUGUGUCUGUGGUCAGUGAUAGCUAUGACAUUUAUAAUGCAUGUGAGAAAAUCUGGGGUGAAGAUUUAAGACAUUUAAUUGUAUCAAGAAGUGCAGAAGCACCACUGAUAAUUAGACCAGAUUCUGGAAAUCCCGACACUGUAUUAAAGGUUUUGGACAUUCUAGGUAAGAAGUUUCCAAUUACUGAAAAUGCAAAAGGCUAUAAAUUGUUGCCUCCUUAUCUUAGAGUUAUUCAGGGAGAUAGAGUUGAUAUCAACACCUUACAAGAGAUUGUUGAAGGCAUGAAGGAAAAAAAAUGGAGUAUUGAAAAUAUUUCCUUUGGUUCUGGUGGAGCUUUGUUACAGAAGUUAAUAAGAGAUCUUUUGAAUUGUUCCUUCAAAUGCAGUUAUGUGGUUACCAAUGGCCUUGGAAUUAAUGUCUUUAAGGACCCAGUUGCUGAUCCAAACAAAAGGUCAAAAAAAGGCCGGCUAUCUCUGCAUAGGACACCUACUGGAAAUUUUCUUACCCUUGAGGAAGGAAAAGGAGAUCUUGAAGAAUGUGGUCAUGAUCUUCUCCAUACUGUCUUCAAGAAUGGAAAGGUGACAAAAAGCUAUUCAUUUGAUGAAGUACGGAAAAAUGCCCAGUUGAAUAGUGAACUGGAAACGGCACCUCAUUAAGCUUUGUUCUCUGACUGUGUGAGCCUGCGUGUGU